AUGGCACGAGCAACGAUACCUUCCUCUCAAAUCCUCUGCCCUCUUAGGAGAACCCUUUUUCUCCAACUGGCCCAGCGCAUAGCCAACCACAUGGAUAAUUGCGCCACAUUCGGAACAGGCAAAACAUUCGCCACAACAUACCGAAAUUGUGCCGAUGACGGGUUCCCGGCAUCGAGCAGCACCCCGACAAUAGGUAUUGCGGAUGGAAACACACCAAAAAAAGUGCUAUCUACCAUUGUUGAUAAAAAAGCUCCAGCCCCGAUGAUAGCUUCCGGCAUCCGGUUAAGCGCAAACCACUCCCAGUUCAAUGUAUCGAGACUGGCUGUAAUAUGCGCAUUUUUUCAGACAGAGCAUGUUUGCUCCGACACCUACGAGAGGUGCAUAAAAUCCCCAACCGCUACAAAAUCCCCCGGGACCUUCCCCUGCCAAAUCGCAGAAUGUCCACGCUUAACUAAACCUUUCUCUCGACUUUGGAACCUUCAAAACCACAUGAAAAUUCAUGGGCGUCGGAAUGAAGGUCUGCCUGAAACUUCUGCAAUGUCACCAGUGGAGCGAACGAAACGCCGAAGGUCAGGAAGAGAUAUACGUUUAGACGAUGUGAGAUGUAUAUCUUUGGAUAGUUUGGAUUCCAAGGGUUCACCGCAGUCUCUGCAGUCCAGGCUGGAGUCACUUGUGAAGCAGAAAGGAGAGUUGGAUGAGAAGAUUAGGGCACUUGAAAAUGCGCAGCGCAUUGUGGAGGGUAUGGACUGUAAAAAGGGAUAG